AUGAUGCUGUACAGCAAUAGUCUUCCUUCAACGCUGACUUCAGUGUGUUCUGACGCGCUCCUCGCCGACGUCGCCGCCUGUGACCCUCUGGUCAAGAAUCUUCGUCCGGACUUUUUCUAUCCCCCGGCAUCGUUGUCCCGCAUCUGCACCGAUGACUGCUCGUCAUCGUUGGCCGCGUGGAUGUCUUCGGUACGGACCAAUUGCGGAAAUCAAACCAUCUUGGGCGACCUGGAGGUUGAGGCCGCGGCCGUCUAUAUCCCUGGAUCGCUACAGUAUUCUUUCCAAUCGGCAUGUCUGCAGGAUGAUGGCGGUCGUUAUUGCGGUCCCGUCGCGGCCCUGGCUGCGGCGUUCUCUGAUCCCGGGGUCAGCCCAUUCAACUACAUCAGCAACAUUACAGAGCAAGACCAGAAGCCCGAUGACUGCGACCUCUGUAUUGUGGAACGGCUGCGCUUACGUGCGGGCUCCCCAUACUUUGACGGCCCCAUCGUAGCCAGCCAGUCCAUGUAUGAGAGCAUGACGUCCAGCUGCAGCAUCGCGGGCCGGCCCGUUACGAAAAGCACACUCGACUACUUCACCGCUACACCAACGCCAACGGCCAGCACCUGCGAAGGGUCCACGUACACUGUUAAGCCCUCGGAUGAUUGCUACACUAUCUCCAGAAACCAAGGUGUCGGCACAGCCUGGCUUCUGGCCGAUAAUGAUCUCGAUGCGUAUUGCAGCAAUUUCCCCGGGGCGGACACCGUGCUGUGCAUCACGAACAAGUGCACCACCGUGACGGUCGGCGUAAAUGAGACAUGUGCCGCUAUCGCCAGCGCGGCUAACAUCACCGAGACACAAUUCCACGCGUGGAACCCCAUCAUCAACUACGCCUGCUCGAACUUGAAGCAGAUGAAUGGCUCCGAGGUGUGCGUGGCUGCUCCGGGCCGUAAGUUCGUGGCACCCACAGACACGUCGGGUCUGCCGCCCAUUACGCCCACUGUGCCGGCGGCGACGCCGACCGACGUGGCCGAGGGGUCCGGCGAGAAACCGUGCGGUAGGUGGUACAAGGUACAGAAAGGAGACUACUGCAAUCUAUUGACCCUCAAGUUCGGCAUCUCGCUCGCCGACUUUCUCUUCCUCAACACCGGCAUAGACUCAAAUUGCACCAACCUAUUCGCCGAGGAGAGCUACUGCGUGCAAGCUGUGGGCGAUAUCAACACGUACUCGGGGCGCCCAGGCUAUAUGACCAUCACGAUCGACCCCAGCGCCACCUUCACCGGCGUCCCAUUCACUCAACUUCCCGACGCCACGGCAUCCCCCUACGCGCGGCUCUACACGCCGCUUCCAACAGCCACGGGCACGCGAGAUGACUGCGUACACUACUUUGCCGGCGACGACUACCAAGUGAACGUGACCGGUUCAGCCUUCGCAAACCCCUGCCUCCUCGCGGUCACAGUCUACGGCGUCGAUCUUGAUUCCUUUGCUGCCUGGAACGUCGGGCUCGGCGAUGUGACGUCGCCCUCUUGCGCCUUCGAAAAGGGUGUGAGAUAUUGCGGGUCGUGGUAUCUCCAAAAGCCAGAUGAGCUCGGUGAUGUCCCAACUACCAGCGACACAGGGACACCUACUAGCCCAACUCCACCAGCUCCAACAAUGUCGGGAGAACCUGAAAACUGCAACAAGUGGGCCGUCGUCGAGGACGGUGUGACAUGCACCGACAUGGCCGCUGCCGCUGGCAUCUCCCUGGCUCAGUUCUUAGCCUGGAACCCCGCCGUCAGCGACGACUGCCUGACCAACUACUGGCUGGGAGAGGCAUACUGCGUCGGCGUGUCAUCCACAUCGAUCACGAUAACAUCAACCUCUGACAUGCCCUCAACCACAAUCACAACAACAGCAGCGCCAACUAUCACAAAGCCACCCUCUGAUUAUCUGCAGGCCGGCCAGCCUGAUAAUUGCAGUAAGUGGGACCGCUGCGGGAGCGGAGAGUACUGCGAGUUGCUGGCUAGUCGCAACGGUCUCACCGUAUCGCAGCUCGCGGCGCUUAACCCCGUUCUUGGUACGGCUGGCGCAGAUUGUGGUACACAGAUGUGGUUUGAUUACUAUUACUGCGUUGCUGUGUCGGAAUAA